AGCAUUCGUAUUUGUGAACAGGUGUGCGUAAGUCAUACUGCAAUCACAUCGCCGAAAUGCAAGUGGCGAUGGAAGGUCCAUCCCGGUGUUGAGUGUCUUCCAGAUUCUCUUCCACUUAUUAACUUCACUUCACUAUCCCUAACUCUAUUUCACUUCACUGACUCUAUUCAGACACAAAUUCACCCUCCCCACUUUGCCGAUGGGGGGAUCUCGUAAAGUGUGCACAGGAACACUUUUGGAGUCUCACAGGUAAACAGCACUGGAGCCAAAUCCAAUACAACUGAAGUAACUGGUGACCACCUCUUCAAACAUGAGCAUGGAGGCGUGAGCUUGUGAGUGUCCGUGUGGCUGAACGCCGCUCUAGGCAGGAAGCUAUCAGACGACAUUUAGAUUCUAGGUAUUGUUGUGUUUUUGUUUUUUACAUUUGAAGAAUCAAACCCCAGUAAUUUAAAUUUCACUGGAUUCUUCUGCACCACUGUUUACCCCUGAGACUCCAAAAGUGUUGUGUGGACUCAAACAUUUCAUCCUUCCCUCCAUCAGCAUAGUGGGGAGUAGAUAUUGAGUGAAUUAUUAUUUUUCGGUGAACUAUCCCUUUAAGUUUAGGUAAGGGACCAGGAAAUGAAUUAUGCCAAUGAGUGUCCUCACAACUAUGGAGAGACAAGUGUGUGUUAAUGUUUGUCACCUCUGUGGGGACCUCAGGGCUUUAUAAACACUGAUGGGAUCAUUGGGACAGAAGUUAAUAUCUCAGGUCCUGGUUGAGGUUAGGGCUCAGAUGUGGUUAGGUUAGAUUAAGGUCAGGGUUAGUUAUGGAUUGGUUAUGGUUAAAGUUAGUGGUUAGGUUUUGGUUACUGUUCACAAUGAAUGGAAGUCAGUCAAUGCAAAAUCCUAGGCUUAGUAUGUGUGUUUGUGUUUGUCUAUCUACAGUUGUGAGGGCCAAUUUUGGUUCAAUACCAAGAACAUGUUGGCCUCACAAAUCCAAAGGGCUGUUUGAAAGUCGGAAUCAGGUUUAGGUGAAGGUGAAGGUUAGAGGUAAUGUGUAUAUGUGUAUGUGUGUGUGUAUGUGUAUACGUGUAAGUGUGUGGGUGUGUCGGUGUUAAUGUGCGUGUGUAUAUGUCUAUGUGUGUGUGGGUGUGUGUGCAUCGGUGUGUAAGUGUCAUGGGUGUGUGUGUGUGUGUGAGUGUGUAAGUGUUAAUGUUUAUGUGUGUGUGUGCGUGUAAGUGUGUAAGUGUGUGUCAGAGGAAGGUGAGGGGGGGUGGCUCAGACAGCAGCACUGUGGCCGCUUUGUCGCAUCACUUGUCGGCGGCUCCUCAUCGGAUCCUAAGCGGUUCGUCUUUGGAUCCCCGGCGGCUCCUCAGCGGCUCCUCAUCGGCUCCUCGGCCCCUCAGCAGCCGCCCAAAACAUCCUCAGGUCGGAGCUCUUCUCACCGGACCGCGCCUCCGUUUCUUUCCCUGUCCGCGUACAAACCCCCCCACACAGGAGGGGAUCUGUCGUCGUGGUGGAACAGCGGCUGCACUCACGGACACCACGGCCCCACCGAGGCUGACAGGGGGCGGAUAACCAGCCUGCUCUGCCCGGCGCCGGGAGCCACCGACCGGCCGCUGGGAGCCCGGACACCGGAGGGGGCUGGAGACGCUACAGCUAACUGGGAGACGCCGGGAGAAGGGGGAGGAUCCUCACACCCUCCGCCGCUCUGAAGGGCAGGUUACCCGGCGUGAAGAUGGAUUGAAAGAUGAAGAGUGGAAGGUUCCCAUCAUCCGAAUAAGAGGACUCCUCUGUGAGGGUUUGCUCUGCAGUUUGACUGUGUGACUGAGCUUGGAGUGAGAAGAAGAUGCCUCCCAGGCCGUCCUCAGGGGAGCUAUGGGGCAUCCACUUGAUGCCUCCAAGGAUCUUGGUGGACUGUCUGCUGCCCAACGGGAUGAUCCUGACUCUGGAGUGUCUCCGAGAGGCCACACUCAUCACCAUCAAACAUGAGCUGUUCAAGGAAGCCAGGAAAUAUCCCCUCCACCAACUCCUACAGGAAGAGACAUCCUACAUAUUUGUCAGUGUUACACAGGAAGCGGAGCGGGAGGAGUUCUAUGAUGAGACUCGGAGGUUGUGCGAUCUGCGACUCUUCCAGCCCUUCCUCAAGGUCAUUGAACCAGUAGGCAACAGAGAGGAAAAGAUUCUCAACAGAGAAAUCGGCUUUGCCAUCGGUAUGCCUGUGUGCGAGUUCGACCUUGUGAAAGACCCUGAGGUUCAGGACUUCAGGAGAAACAUCCUGAAUGUUUGUAAAGACUCGGUGGAGCUCAGAGACGCCAGUGGGCCUCACAGCAGAGCUCUGUACGUUUACCCACCCAACAUAGAAUCCACACAGGAACUUCCCAAGCACAUCUAUAGCAAACUGGACAAAGGUCAGAUUAUUGUUGUGAUCUGGGUGAUUGUUUCGCCGAACAAUGACAAACAAAAGUACACACUGAAGAUCAACCACGACUGCGUGCCUGAGCAGGUGAUUGCAGAGGCUAUUCGUAAGAAGACCCGCAGCAUGCUGCUGUCGCCGGAGCAGUUAAAGAUGUGUGUUCAGGAAUACCAGGGUAAAUACAUCCUCAAGGUGUGUGGCUGUGAUGAGUAUCUACUGGAGAAGUACCCCAUCAGUCAGUAUAAGUAUAUCCGCAGUUGCAUCAUGCUGGGCAGGUUGCCUAACCUGAUGCUCAUGGCAAAGGACAGCCUCUACAGCCAGCUGCCAACGGAUAACUUCGUCAUGCCGUCGUACUCCCGACGCAUCUCCACAGCAACUUCCUAUAUGAACGGCGAGGCGGCUGCCAAGUCGCUGUGGACCAUCAACGGAACGCUGAGAAUACGAAUCCUCUGUGCCACAUAUGUUAAUGUCAACAUCCGGGACAUAGACAAGAUUUAUGUCAGGACAGGCAUUUACCAUGGAGGUGAACAGAUGUGUGACAACGUCAACACACAGAGAGUACCCUGCUCCAACCCCAGGUGGAACGAGUGGCUCACAUACGAUAUGUACAUCCCAGACAUCCCCCGCGCUGCCAGACUCUGCCUCUCCAUCUGCUCCGUCAAGGGCCGAAAGGGAGCGAAGGAGGAGCAUUGUCCAUUAGCGUGGGGAAAUGUCAACUUGUUUGACUACACUCAUACUCUAGUGGCCAACAAAAUGGCUCUGAACCUCUGGCCUGUCCCUCAUGGCCUAGAAGACCUCCUCAACCCCAUCGGAGUCACUGGAUCUAACCCCAAUAAGGAAACGCCAUGUUUAGAGCUGGAGUUUGACCACUUCAGUAGUCCAGUCAAAUACCCAGAUAUGAACGCAGUAGAGGAUCACGCAAACUGGACCAUCUCCAGGGAGCUGGGAUUUAACUACAACCUCUCUGGACAGAAUAAUCGUGUGGCCAGGGAUCACGCCCUGACAGACAGCGACACGGAGCAGCUGAGGCAGCUGAGCAACAGAGACCCUCUGUCAGAGAUCACUGAGCAGGAGAAAGACUUCCUCUGGAGACACAGGCACUACUGCAUGAACAUCCCUGAGAUCCUUCCCAAGAUCCUCCUCGCUGUCAAAUGGAACUCCAGGGAUGAAGUAGCACAGAUGUACUGUCUGUUAAAGGAGUGGCCAUCCAUCCGUCCUGAACAGACCAUGGAACUGCUGGACUGCAACUAUCCAGACCCCAUGGUCCGACACUUUGCUGUUCGCUGCCUGGACAAAUACCUGAGCGAUGACAAACUGUCUCAGUACUUGAUCCAGCUUGUACAGGUAUUAAAAUAUGAGCAAUACCUCGAAAAUCCUCUGGCCCGCUUCCUCCUCAAAAAGGCCCUGACCAAUCAAAGGAUUGGACAUUUCUUCUUCUGGCAUCUCAAGUCGGAAAUGCACAAUAAAACCGUGAGCCAGCGGUUCGGGCUGCUGUUAGAGGCUUACUGCCGGGCCUGUGGCAUGUAUCUCAAACACCUGAGCCGUCAGGUAGAGGCCAUGGAGAAGCUCAUAAACCUCACCGACAUCCUCAAACAGGAGAAGAAGGAUGAGACGCAGAAGGUCCAGAUGCGGUUUCUUGUGGACCAGAUGAAGAGGCCGGACUACAUGGACGCGCUCCAGAACUACACCUCUCCUCUAAACCCUGCCCACCAACUGGGAAACCUGAGGUUAGAUGAAUGCAGGAUAAUGUCAUCAGCAAAGAGGCCCUUGUGGCUGAACUGGGAGAAUCCUGACAUCAUGUCCGAGCUCCUCUUUCAGAACAAUGAGAUCAUCUUCAAAAAUGGAGAUGACUUGCGACAGGAUAUGCUGACGUUGCAGAUUAUUAAAAUCAUGGAGAACAUUUGGCAGAAUCAGGGACUGGACCUACGGAUGCUCCCCUAUGGCUGUCUGUCACUGGGAGACUGUGUGGGUCUCAUCGAGGUGGUGCGGAGCUCCCACACCAUCAUGCAGAUCCAGUGUAAAGGAGGUUUGAAGGGAGCCCUGCAGUUCAACUCCAACACUCUGCAUCAGUGGCUCAAGGACAAGAACAAGGGCGAAAUGUAUGACUUGGCUGUGGAUCUGUUUACAAGGUCCUGUGCAGGCUACUGCGUAGCUACAUUUAUCCUUGGGAUAGGAGACAGGCACAACAGCAACAUUAUGGUCAAAGAUGAUGGACAGCUGUUUCAUAUAGAUUUUGGUCACUUUCUGGAUCACAAGAAGAAGAAAUUUGGCUACAAGAGAGAGCGAGUGCCCUUCGUUCUGACUCAGGACUUUCUCAUCGUCAUCACCAAGGGAUCCCAGGAGUGCACGAAGACCAAAGAGUUUGAGAGGUUCCAGGAGAUGUGUUAUAAAGCCUACCUGGCCAUCCGGCAGCACGCUAACCUCUUCAUCAACCUGUUCUCCAUGAUGCUGGGCUCUGGCAUGCCUGAGCUGCAGUCAUUUGACGACAUCGCCUACAUCAGAAAGACUCUGGCUCUGGAGAAGAGUGAGCAGGAGGCCUUGGACUACUUUAUGAAACAGAUGAACGAUGCUCACCACGGAGGGUGGACGACUAAGAUGGACUGGAUAUUCCACACAAUUAGACAGCAUGCACUAAACUGAUCUCCUGCGGGACAAUCCUACAAUGGAGAAUUGACUUCUGUCAGCGUGAGUCCUUCAAGGAGCUUCAGUGCUGUUACAUCCAACAUUACCAACAGCUCACUGACGAGGAAAGUUCCAUUUCGGUUCAUAUUUUAACAGGGUUUCUUUCUUGGCAUGAUCAUGUGACGAUGCUCUCCCUGGAAGCGAGUUUCCUUUCUGUCCUGGUGAAGAUAUGGCCGUCCUGGCCUCAUGCUUGUGUCCAUGGCUACUUGGCUUCCUUUGUUUUCUUGCCAAACACGAUCAGACUUGGGUUCUAAGGAAACGUUACCUCUUACUCAGCUUCCUCUGGAGGAAACACAAAUUGGACAAAACAGCAUAAAGUCAACGUUUGUGCUGAAUUAUAAAUGUAGCCACUUGCUGCACUUUUGUCGCUGCACUGUGGCUCCACCGCAGACAGGCGGUGCUUGAGAAACCCUUUUUUAAUCUUAGCACUGCUGAGGACGCAGUGGGCACAUGAACUGUCUAAAUGAUCUGACACGUGCAGGAUAACACGUGCAAGACUACCACUUCAGAGUCUUCCACAAUCUUCGCCCCCUCUGAGGAAUCUUCAGAGUUUCGAAACUGCCCUGCAGCAGAGUGUGUGUGUAGUGCACAGCUCUGCAGUCUCCCAUCAAAGAAGCAGCACUCCACUCACGGGAAAAGACGCUUUUAAACUCCUGCAUAAACUUCAGGGUGAUGAUGCCUCUCCAUCAAAAACAGCACUUAGAACUACCAGAAUAAUAUUCAGAUUUAUUAUGACCUAUUUACAUUUAUUUAUGUAUCUAGUUUCUCUCAGUUUCUACAGGGGAAAUCCCUGAAUCCACUCUCCACACAUCAUUGUUUGUGUAGAUGUAUUAGGAGUUUUCUUUUUAUUUCUCUUUACCUGUUUACAGCUUCCUCUGGCUCCUGCAGCUGCAACGGCUUCCCCCCGGUUUUCUCAACUCAUUCGUAAACAAAGACUUCUAAUCUUCUCUUUUUUGUUCGGUCACUUUCAAGUUCAUCUGAUUUCACUGUGACAGAAGCCCAAUUUGUGUCAUUGUGGCUCGUUUGCAGCCCCAUUAUGAAAUCUAAACAUUAAUUUGUAUUGGAAUGAGAAGAGCAAAAGUGCCACUCUCCCAUUUUUUUGGAUAAUGGGACUUGUUUUGUAUGCCUCUGGUUGUUUGAAUGUCAGCGAGCAGGGGCCCAGGGUCACGUCUUCCUGUUGAUAAAAUGCCUUGGCGUCACAGCACAACAUUCUACGACACUGCACAUAUCAUUAAUCUCCUACAAACUCUGCCUGAGCAAGUUGUAGGCAGCAAACAGCAGCAGCACUAUUAACAUGAAGCAUGGCAGUUUGUAAGAAAAUGCUAGAUUUGACCUUCACUGGGGUUUUAUUUGUACUGUAUUUCUAACUGUGUCAGGUGGAGGAUCUUCAUCCCGUCCCCCAUUAGAAUUUCUUUGAAAUGUUGACUCAUGGACAAAGUGCAUUUGAACUUGUCAAUGGACAACGUUCCUCUGAGCCUGAAGCCCUGGUUGUAUUUGAGCCCCGCCUCCUCUCGACAGAUACUGUGAAAGCCAAUGCUCUUUUUAUAUAUUUGUUUCAGACAGAAACAUUUGAUCAUGUGGGUUUUUGAAAGUGUUAAAGUCACAGUGAAACUGUCGUUAGAGCGUCUGUGAAGCAGCAUGUGGGGAAAGGUUUUGAAUGAAUUUGAAGAGCGACACAGGAGUGUUGAUCUCAAUGACUUUGGAUCCAGCUACAUUCUGGUAAUGUAAACAAAGUCUUGCCAACUGAAAAUCCAUAAACACAUGGAGGCAGAGUUGAGCAGAGUUCACUCACAUUUCAUUAAAUGAAUGUGUGCAUAUGCUCCUGACUUUAAAUCACAAUGUUGCACAGCAAGACAACUGAGAAAGUAUUUUAAUGUAAAAAAUAAGAUAACACAAUUGACACAGAGUUUUAAUUGAAUUGAAUUUGUAUGUCUCUGUUUUAAAAGCAGACUGUAGCUGGCUGCUCUCUGGAGAUGAGUAGAGAUGAUUUAAAAAAAGGUGCACAGACAGUUUCUGUGUUGAGAACCUGUUGGAAGCUGUGUGGUUCCCUCAGGAGGGAGAGAAGAUGUUUGUGUGCAUGGCUUAAUCAACCCUAUAUUAUGAAGCUCUUGUCCAUGGAAAGGAAAGUCUGCACUUUUCCAGUUCAACUGUUGAUUGUAUUGAAAAGCUAAAGUCGUGGUCUGUUGUGAUGUGUGUGUGUGACGUCGUAUUUCUGCAGAUUUAAUGGCUAGAAUGUAUUUAACCACUAACACAGACCUGACGUGCACUUCUAUGAUUUCUCCUCGGCCACGUUCUCCUCCUCAAGUCAGAUGCAGUGCCACUGAGCGUGGUCUGUUGUUGCUACGCCGUUCAUUUGCCAUUUUUACUCUAACGUGCCAAACCAGGUCUGAGAACGUGAGGCCUGUGAAAGUCAAUGCUGGACUUGCAUCAUGCAGUUAAGUCAUAUCAGUUAGAUACUAUCUUUUUAAGAAUUGGGAAGUUGGUGUUUUCAUGCCUUUUUGUUUUGAAGGACUCUGUGAGAGUAACGAUAGCCUAGUGUGCAUGUCUCCAGGCAGCGUAACCACCAUGUAGGGUGACCAUUCAGAAGUGUGUAUGUGCAGUAACAGUGUUUUUCUAUAGGAGGCUUCUUGUGUGACAAACCCUAGAGUGUUUAUAGAGAUGGACGACGCAGCUCCACUUCCUCCCACUGUCCUGAAAUGUCCCGAAUGUGAAUUGCAGCUGGGGCAGUGCGGUUCCCCCCCCCGAAACAUGAGCUCAACCAAUCGUGAGUCAGUCUCUGUCCAUGUCAAUUAUGAUGUUUCACUCUGUUUUCCAGCAUCAGAAAACUAUUUCAAUCCAAACGUAACAAGCAAAGCAUCAAUCGACGAGCUACCUAAAACAUUCACCAUAUUAAAAACAAUAUUAAUUUGAUGUUUAUUUUGACUUGUUGCUCGCAUUGAAGAGGUGGGAUGUGUGAGCUGUACUGCAGCCAGCCACAAGGGGGCGAUAGAGACAUUUUGGCUUCAUUUUUGUGGAGCUGUCAUGUCAUCCAUCUUUAUGAACAGUCUCUGUGACAAACCUGUGGUGUUGUUAGAAUUAUUCUCUUUUGCCAUGUAUCCUCUAAUUGGUUAGUAUGAGUGUGGGUGUGUGUGUGUGUGUGUGUGUGUGCAUCAAUUACCCGUCUGUACAGGUUGCAGAGCUUCAUUGGCAGGUCCCAGUGAAAAUGUGUGUAUGUGUGUGUGUGUGUGUCUGUGUGUGUGUGUGUGUAUAUGUCCAUGUGUGUGAUGACACUGAACUGUUGCAGUGAUGGUGUCUCUAAAUGUUUUUAUUUCUGUGCCACAGAAACGCUUCAGGAACAAACACAAAAGAAGGGAAACGUUUUUUUUUAGUUUUUCUGUUUUCGUGCUUCAGUUGUUAAUGUUUUACUUGAAAUGUCAUGAAUCAGAUCCGCAGCUGUGUUGGUUUAGAGUUCAGGUGCGGGGGGGUGAGGUAUCUACCCUGUGAGAGUGUGUGUUGUGUGAUGUAUGUGAGAAGGUUGAAGCGUUUGUGUACUGGUUUUUUGUUUGAUACUGGUCGUGGGUUUCAUCUGUGCCACAGUCGUGAAAUUCAGGAGUCAAAUAGCAGCUUCUUCUUGAACUAGUGAAGCACUGAGGUUGAAGUAGGAACCGUGAUGAAUCUGAUCUGAGACCUUCAGCCUCAUAAUCAUGUGAAUGAGCACUGAAGCGAUGUGGCACAACUUUUCGUUUGUUUGAUUGAUGGAAAUUCUCCUGGUCGCAGACUGGGAGCUGAAUUGGUGCAGGGUUUCCUUAGACUAGAUUUAACUCUGAUGUUCCCAUAAUGAAAACACUGGUCAUAUUAACAAACCUGCUCGGUUGGUCACAGGGUCACUUUAACAACAGUCUGCAGCAGUGUGAGCUUCACACAGUGAUGCUCAUUGACAGACUAUUAACAGAGAGAGGAGGACCACACUCACUUUGUCUCUGCGAGUACAAUCACAUCGUCUGACCUUUGAUUCCGUUGAUCGACAUGAUGUUAUGAUUGAAAAAGAAACAUCAGACACAAACACACAAACACACAAAGAGAAAAGUGCAAUUUAAUGUAUGUAAUAUCCAAUCGGGUAAAUAUCACCUCUGUUGUUUUUAAUGAAUGUCGGACGAGUCUUUAUUCCUGGAUGUGUCUGUUUCUGAUGAAUGUGUGUUCACGUUAUUUUGUAUGAAUAUGUGGCCUGAUAUUUAGUGUAUACGACGGCUUAUCUGUUUGUGUGUUUUUACUGUAGAAGCGUUAUGUUAUCAAAACUAACAGUUUAUUAUUUUGUUCUUAUCCAGCCUCGAAUGGGCUUUAAACGGAUUUAACCUUGAGGGUUUAAAACUCCGGCAACAAAAAAAAAACUACCUAAGAACAAAUACGAUGAAUCCUCCAAAUUACUGAUGAGUCUUCAUCUCGAUCGUCCCAGAUUCUCACUUUGAACGAGGAACAUAGACUGAAUGUUCUGUGGCUUCAUGUUCCUCUCUGUCCGCAGUACUAUAAACUAACACAGUAUAAUUCCAUACCAUGCUGUCAGAACCUUAACCUAUACUAUGAAUGAAUGUAACGGGCCAAUGUGUUGUUUCUCACUGCCUAUACCUGCAUGAGAUUGGGUAAAGAUGAAUAUUCUUCCUCCUGCUAUACUUGUUUUUUACUUUAGUCUGCUAUGCAGCCAUACAGAUGUUUAUGAAUGAAUGCCUUAAGUUUGCUCCCUGUAGGAACAGUUUCUAGGACAAACUCAUUUUCACGAUAACCUGCGUUUUCUUAUUUAUACCUGUAUAUGAUUGUGUUUCAGUUUGGCUCCCUGGUCCCAGAGUAAAGGUUUGUACCCUGACUGACUGACUGGCUGCUCAUCUGAUUGUUCUGUGAAGAUGUACAAAUAAAUUUGUUAAACAUUCACCCGGCCGUGUUUGCUCGUGCACAGUUUGACUCUACAGCAGGCUUCUUCAUACACGUUUCACCUGACUGAAACAUGGACGGUUUAAUUGAGAGUAAGAUGGAAGAAGAUUCUUGAUUUCUCUUUAACACUGUAAGAUUAGAGAGUGAAUUCCUAAAAAGAAGAAUUCAGGGAAUUGGUUAUUUUCCUGGAGACGUGAACAUGAGCUGUGGAGCAUUUCUCCUCGUGGUCAAUGAACUGUAUUUAUGCAGUUUCCCAGAUUCAUCCACGUGGAGCUCAUGAGCCCAUCAGCGCACUGGUUCAUGCAGCACGGGUACGACCUUGGACCCUCAGGAUCCAGACUAUGGCCGGGGAUCAAACCACCGACCUUCUGGUAGGUGGACAUGCUUUCUACCUCCUGAGCCGUCAGUGUCACUCAACAGGAACGUAGGUCAUGUUGCAUUCUUAUGAUUGAUCCCUAAAGGAUGUCAUGGGACACAUUCUUUUAAAAGCUGAUUUAUUGUUUGUUUUUAUGGAAACAGGAGAGUAUAGAGGAAGAAGAACAUUUCAAAUUAGCACAGAGAGCGAAGUUUUAUUUCAUCAUCUUUGUAGAAUGUGUCU